AUGGCCACGAUGAAUCGGCCGUAGCAAUUAAACCCAUCUCCACGGUACACGAAAGAACGGGCAUCCGAUCCAUGCACGCGCGCCGGCAGGCACGCAAAGCAUACCGGCCGCAACAAGAACACGAACCGAAAAUGCUCAACCUCUCGUCCCACCAACGCGCUCGGCCGAGGAGAUCGCCCAGGCCUGGCGAGCUCGAUCCCACGCCAUCCCAACCUCUUCUCCCGUCCAAAUCUCGCUCGCAUUUUCCCCAACGGUUCCGGCCGAUCCGGUUCGCCACCCGCCUCCGGAGAAGCCGACGUCAACGGCGGCUAAACAGUGUCACGGGGAGGCGAGAAUACAUGUGAGCCCGCCCGGAGACGGCGCGCACAAUGAGGGCCGCCGCCGGGGCAUGCUCCGGCGGCGGCAAGGACACCCUGGUGGCCUCCUUCCUCCGCUUCAUCCUCCUCUUGCUUCUCCCUCUCACCGCUCUGUAUGUCCUCUACGCCCUGCACGCCAUUCUGUCCUCCUCAUGCCCGCCUGAACACGAUCGCAUCAUGGCCGCCGCCUUCGUCUCACACGUCACCACCCACAAUCAUACAUCAUCGACGCCGCCGCCUCCCGCCAUGGUCACGGUAUCGACGCCGAGGACGCCGCCUCCACUGGCCAUUGUCACGGUGCCGACAGCAAGGACGCCGCCGACAUCCGCCACGGUCACGGCGGUGACGACGGCGAGGAUGCCUCCACCACCCGCUACGGUCACGGCGAUGACGACGGCGAGGAUGCCAACACCACCCGCCACGGUCACGGUGACGACGGAGAGGAUGCCACCACCACCCGCCACGGUCACGGUGACGACGGCGAGGAUGCCACCAUCACCCGCUGCGGUCACGGUGGUGUCGACGGCGAGGCUGCCACCACGACCCGCGACGGUCACGUUGGUGUCGACAGCAAGUACGCCACCACCAUCACCACCUGCCACGGUGACGGUGUCGACGACGCCGACGACGCUGCAGCACGUGGUGUUCGGCAUCGCGGCGUCGGCGCGCAUGUGGGAGAAGCGGAAGGAGUACAUUAAGAUCUGGUGGCGCCCUAACUCAGGCAUGCGGGGGUUCGUGUGGCUGGACCGAGGGGUGCGGGGGUCGAGGGUGCCGGAUGGGCUGCCGGCCAUCAAGAUAUCCUCUGACACCUCCGGCUUCCCCUACACGCACCGGCGCGGCCACCGCUCUGCCAUCCGCAUUUCCCGCAUCGUCUCCGAGACCUUCCGCCUUGGGCUCCCAGGAGUGCGCUGGUUCGUCAUGGGCGACGACGACACGGUCUUCCUCCCGGACAACCUCCUCGCCGUCCUCGGGAGGCUCGACCAUCGGCAGCCAUACUACAUCGGCUCCCCCUCCGAGAGCCACCUCCAAAACAUCUUCUUCUCAUACGGGAUGGCGUUCGGCGGCGGCGGCUUCGCCAUCAGCCAGCCUCUGGCGGCGAGGCUGGAGCGGAUGCAGGACGCCUGCAUCCGCCGGUACCCGUGGCUGUACGGCAGCGACGACCGGAUCCAGGCGUGCAUGGCGGAGCUGGGCGUGCCGCUCACGAGGCACCCGGGGUUCCACCAGUACGACGUGUACGGUGACCUCCUGGGCCUCCUCGCCGCCCACCCGGUGGCGCCGCUGGUGUCGCUGCACCACCUCGACGUAGUGCGGCCUCUCUUCCCCAACGUGCGUUCGCGCCCGGCGGCUCUGCGGAGGCUGUUCGACGGGCCGGUGAUGCUGGACUCGGCGGGGGUGAUGCAGCAGUCGAUAUGCUACGACGCGGCGAACCGGUGGACGGUGUCGGUGGCGUGGGGGUUCGUGGUGACGGUGACGAGGGGCGUGAUGCCGGCGCGGGAGAUGGAGAUGCCGGCGCGGACGUUCCUGAACUGGUACCGGCGCGCGGACUACAAGGCGCACGCGUUCAACACUCGGCCCCUGGCGCGCAACCAGUGCGAGAGGCCCGCGCUCUACUACCUGGCGUCGGCGCGGCGCACGGUGGUGCGCACCGGGGAGACCACCGUGACGAGGUACCAGCGGUGGCGCCACCGCAACGACGUACGGCCGCCUUGCCAGUGGAGGAUCCCCGACCCGGACGCGCUGCUGGACAGCGUCAUCGUGCUCAAGAAGCCUGACCCGGGGUUAUGGGACCGGUCGCCGAUGCGGAAUUGCUGCCGGGUGCUGUCCUCUCCGAGGAAAGAAGGGGGCGGGAACAAGACGAUGACCAUAGAUGUGGGUGUAUGCAAGGACUGGGUGUACAGUCAAGUAUAGUUCAUUCAUUCGAUCGAUCGUUAACUCAAAUAGGCAGACAUGCAUAGGUGAUCAAAGUUUCUUUUCUUUUUCUCCUGCAUUCGCACACCUGUAAGAUACAAUCGUAGUGACACUAGGAUGCCUAGUAACAGCACACUGUGGGCGUUAA